GCCCAGCUGGGCAGAGGAGCUGAGACAUCCGUUCCCCAACAAGAGCCUCUGUCUGGGCAGAGCAAGAUGGAUAAUCUAGCGACAAGCCCCAUUUAUGACAUCGAUUAUGGCUUAGCAGAACCCUGCCAAAAAAGCGAAGUGAAGGGAAUGGCAGCCCGGAUCCUGCCCCCGCUCUACACGCUGGUGGUCGUCUCCGGCCUCGUGGGCAACAGCCUGGUGGUGCUGGUCCUCAUCACCUGCAAGCGCCUCAAGAGCAUGACCGACAUCUUCCUGCUCAACCUGGCCGCCUCCGACCUGCUCUUCCUGCUCACGCUCCCGUUCUGGGCUCACUAUGCUGCGGCCUCCCAGUGGGCCUUCGGAGGCGCGGUGUGUAAACUGCUCACGGGGCUGUACCAGGUCGGCUACUUCGCAGGGAUCUUCUUCAUCCUCCUCCUGACGGUCGACAGGUACCUGGCGAUCGUCCAUGCCGUGUUUGCUCUGAAAGCCAGGACGGUCACCUUUGGGGCGGUGAUCAGUGGGGCCACCUGGGUGGUGGCUGUGUUCGCUUCUCUCCCAGGAAUCAUCUUCGCCACGUCUCAGAAGGAAGCUUUUCACUACACGUGCAGCCCUCAUUACUCGACCGAGCAGUAUUACUUCUGGAAGAAUUUCCAGGCACUGAAGAUGGUCAUCCUGGGGCUGGUGCUGCCGCUGCUGGUCAUGGUCGUGUGCUACUCAGGCAUCCUGCGGACCCUGCUGCGGUGCCGGAACGAGAGGAGGAGGCACAAGGCUGUGCGGCUCAUCUUCGCCAUCAUGAUCAUCUACUUCCUCUUCUGGGCGCCCCACAACCUCGUGCUCCUCCUGAGCACCUUCUCCAAGCCUGUGAACCUGAACAACUGCAACAGCUCCAACAGGCUGGACCAGGCCAUGCAGGUGACGGAGACCCUGGGCAUGACGCACUGCUGCGUGAACCCCAUCAUCUACGCCUUCGUGGGGGAGAAGUUCCGCAGGUACCUCUCGGUGUUCUUCCACAAGCACGUGGCCAAGCGCUUCUGCAAACGCUGUCCAGUCUUCCAGCGAGACACCCAGGAGCGCAGCAGCUCCGUCUACACCCGGUCCACUGGGGAGCCGGAGGUCUUCACGGGCCUGUGACCUGGCCCGAGGUCCAGACACAACUCGGCUUUGAUGCACAACUGGGGUGGGAGAGUGGCUCUUUGAAAAAGGAAGUUACUGUCCCAGAGGAUGGACGAUCCGCCCACCAUCUGACAUCUGUUUCAGUCUAUGGGAGCUUGGAAGGCCAUGGACUCUAGUGUCAAAAUACUGACAAAAUUGAGGCCUGGUUUCCCUCUGCUUACACUGAGUCAUUGGUAAACUCUCCCUUCAGAGCAAAAGGUCACUAUAAAAAUCUUCUUGGAGAA